AUGCAAUCCAUCGAAGCCGCGGAUCUGUGCAAAGAACUAUAUGAGCAAGGGUCACUUGACGAAAACAACAGGAUCGAAGAAUAUGCUGAUUACCUAACGGCUGCAAACGCCAACCUCGAGACUGAGUUCACGAAGCAAGCACCGACGUCAGCAAUACGUACGACCAAGUUACAUAAGAUCUGUGAUGAUGCUACAAAGACGGCUGCCCUGCUCAAACUUGAGCUCAACAUGAUCGUAGGACGUGUGACCGACUUUGGUGACACCUAUCGUUGGAUAUUCUAUCCACCUCCUCGCACCGACGGUCACCAGCAACAUGAAUUUGUCAACUGGCUGCGCAAUGAAACAAACAUUUUCUGGAUCAGCGGCAAACCUGGAAGUGGAAAAUCGAGUCUCAUGGAGUAUAUAUACCAGAACUUGCAAGAGGGACAGGUUGGCUUUGGUCAUCUCGCAGCAUGGCCCGGCAGUAUCUCCGUGCGACUGCUCAGUUUUUGGUUCUUCAGACCUGCUGCCACUCCCUUGCUAAAAUCAUUGGAAGGAUUUUGGAGAUCCUUGUGCCAUCAGAUUUUGAACACAGACGAUAGUCUCCCGGAAAGGAUACGAAGCGACAACGAUGCCUCAGUGCCUGCAAGUCUCAAGUCCUAUCUCACAAGAUCAGGGUCACGUGCUCAAGGCUGGAUAGUCUCUGAGCUGCAAUCAUGGUUCUCAUAUUUGGCAACACGUUCGCAGUAUAAUUACUGUAUCUUGGUUGACGGUCUUGACGAAGUGACUCAGGAAAUACGCGAGCCCUUACUUGACUGCGUUAGAUUCAUUGCGUCUCGCUCGACGAGGGUCAAGGUUUGUUGCUCAAGUAGACCAGAGCACCCGUUCCAAGAUGCCACACGCCAAUACCCGUCGAUCAGGCUGCAGGACUUCAACUAUGAUGACAUCAAACUCCACUGCGACAGUCGACUUACUGCCACUCGAGCUGCACCAUACGCAAGAGAGAUCUGCUUGCGGGCAGAAGGCGUCUUCCUGUGGGCAUAUCUAGUCACGGAAGAUCUGAGAACUGCCGCAAGCCAGGGCGAUUCUUUAGAAGAUCUCAAUUUGCGCUUAAAGGAGUGUCCCACAGAAAUGAACGACCUUUUCGCAUUCAUGCUCGAGCGGCAGGAUAGGUUCUAUGCGAAACAUCCGAAACCAUAUCUCUCUCUCAUCUACGCUUCACACUACCCGCUCGAGGAUCCUACGAUUCUUGAACUGCUUCUAGCAUCGCAAAGUGAGACAGAAUUGACAUCUGACUACUUGAAAACUUCAGAUGCCGCUCGAAUCGCAUCCUGGGAGAGCCUCGCAAUUGACUUGGAGGCAAACAUUCUGGCAAGGUGUGCAAGUCUCGUUGAAUUUUAUGCCCGUGAUAUCCUUAGUUAUACUAGCUUUCCAGGCUCAUUUCCUUAUCGACAACUCUCCAAGGCAAAUAAAACUGCUGUGAGGUUUAUCCACCGCAGCGCCCGAGAUUUUCUGGCGGAGAGCGAAGGCGGUGUUAACUUCCUUCAAUCUUGUAACAUUUCUGUACAGGACGCGAUUCGGAGAUUGACAUUUGCUUCGAUUAUCGCCUUUUCCCUCAACACUGACGAGGUGUCUUCCCAGAGACCAUUGCGAAAUGCAAGCUCCAUACAGGCGGAGUUCUGGGGGUCACCCGAAACCAGCGCCGUGGAUAAGUUCUUUGCGGAAGCGCAAGCGCGGAACCCGUUGGAAUGGCCAUCACUGGCCCCCGAAGCUUAUUGCAAGGACCGCGAUUGGGAUCACAACUAUGAAGAACCACUUUGCACUGAUAUUUCGCUGCUUGACAACCUUACAUACAACUGGACCGUUGAGUUUUCCAUGUCUGCGUACUUGGAGGCCAAGCUCGCUGGUCUUGGCUCUGGUACAGCGAGUCUGGUGGCGGGAUAUAGUCUUGUGCGGGUGAUUCUCAAUCCGUCCUUUUCAUUCGAUGCUUCCGGGCGCGAAUUCAUCGACCGGCUUGAACAGUAUCUAUCGUGGACAGAACAACUUACCCUUGUGCAUAAUCUGCACCGCGAAUUCUGCUCUCACACCUUGGUGACUGGCUGCUUGUGGCAGCAUGUACAGCUUGCACUAAUACACGCCUACUGUGAUGGAGGUGUCAAAGAGGUGAUUCCGGCUUCAGGAAGUUUCCUCCAAGGUCUCUGGAGCAAAGAAGUUCAAUCGUCAUAUGUGGAAGGCUGGCUCAUCUACACAGAAAAUCUCUACGAGAGGAGGUCGUAUCCAGUGAUUUGCCUUGUACCGGGUGACGCAGCAUCUUGUGCCAAAAGGUAUUCCGGCUAUGAUAUCUUUGUAAUCCACAUGGCCACGCAAGAUUCUGCAGAAUGGGGACUCCAUGCGUUGUCCUUCUGCUCCUUUUCUCCAGCGGGGCUCGAGCGCUUUUUCGAGGUCGAGUCCACAGCCAAUGAAGCUUUGCAGAAGAUUAUCCUUGCUGCUGACAAGACUUCCAGACUAUACACAAUGUUCCACGCUCCUGAGCAGUUCGGUGGAUGUUUAGUAGCUAUUCUGAACCAAUACCUGGAUGAGUUGACUCCUGUCGAUAUUGCGAGGAUUUUGUUCUUACACCGUCACAGCCCCAUGCUUGGGGUUUCAAAAGGUAAAUUCUGCGAAAUGGUGAACAACGGUGACUAUGUGUCAUUAAGCAUCAUGUCCAAGGAAGAAAUAGACCGUCACUGGUGCGAGGUUGUUCCUGAGGACGACUUCAAGUUGUGCAACUCGAUUCGAAGACUUCUUGCCAAAUGGAGUCAACAAAAUGCACUUGCUCUUUCGUUCGAGGACUUCCAGUUGGAAAAGAGCGACUCAGAUGAAGAGCCGAGACAUGAUGACCAUGAUAGAGACUUGGGCCAUCAGGAAGCAAGGUUUGAAGAGGUUGAAGGCGAGGACGUGGAUGAAGGGGAUCACCUGCCAGAUCCACAGACCACUGGGGAAGACCAGUAA